AUGAGGAAGCAAAAAAUAUUUUUAUAUUUAAUUUUGUUCAUUUUCCAAUUUUAUUUCUUCAGAAAAAAUUUUUUUCUUCUUCCAAGACCUCAAAAAAUGUUUAUUUUAUCCAUUUUAAUUAUAUUUUUAUUGGCUUUAAAUUGUUUUUUGAUACCUUCAAAAGCUUCUUUUGUUCGUCGUUCCAAUUCCGGAUUGAUGAAAUUAUGCCCCCCUGGGGGAGAAUCCUUCACUGCAGCUUGGGAAAUUACUUGCGGGAUGAAAAGGAAGAAAAGGGAUGUUAAUAACCGGAAAGAAGACGAAUCAUCCAAUAUUUUCACCAACUUCGCAAAAAAGAACAACAACCCUCCCCAAGAAAUUGAAAGGUUAUCAACAGCAGAUAAAUAUAGAGCUCCCUCAAUGACUGAAAUGAUGCUUUUAUGCUGUAAAUUUGGUUGUUCUUUUCGCGAUAUUGUUCCCACUUGUAAUUUCUUUGGACAAUGGGACAGUUAAAAAUAAAUUGAAAAUAUUUUUUAAAAAAUGUUUUUUAGUAGUUUUAAAAUUUUGUAAAAACCAAUUUUUUGGUUUACUUUUUUU